AUGGCCAAAACUACAAUCACCGCAGAAAACGUAGCUACCCUCCUCGAGAACGACACAAAAGUAAAACUCGCCGGCGUCGACGCAGACGGCAUCCUACGUGGCAAACUCGUCGCCAAGAAGAAAUUCCUCUCAAUAGCCCAGGAUGGCUUUGGGUUCUGCUCCGUCAUUUUCGGCUGGGAUAUGCAUGACCGCACGUAUUUCAGGGAAUUAAGCAUCAGCAACAAGGAGAAUGGAUAUAGAGAUUUGUUGGCGAUACCGGAUCUUGCGUCUUUUAGGCGUAUUCCGUGGGAGGAUAAUGUGCCGUUCUUUCUCGUGAGCUUUUUUGAUCCCGAGACGAAGACGCCGAUUAGCGCUUGUCCCAGGAAUUUGUUGCAGACGUCGGUGGAUAAGCUGGCCAAGUUGGGUUAUCAGGCUAUGGCUGGAGCUGAAUAUGAAUUCUACCAAUUCCGCGUUCCCCACGAUGCAUCGAGCACCGAGCGAAAUUCAUCGGCCACAGCUGCCUUUUUAAAGAACAACCCCAUCGAAUCGCUACCUCCGCUUACGGACGGUAUGUUUGGAUAUAGUAUUACGAGGCCGGUGCACAACCAGGAGUAUUAUUAUGGUAUCUUUGAUGCAUGCGAGAAGUUCCGUUGCGAUCUUGAAGGAUGGCAUACAGAGAGCGGACCGGGUGUAUUCGAGGCCGCAUUACAAUUCGAUGAAAUCAAAGAGAUGGCCGACAGGGCUGGGCUGUUCAAAUACGUCGUCAAAUCUAUCGGCAGCAAACACGGAAUAACGCCGGCGUUCAUGGCCAAACCGCGUGAAGGGUUACCAGGCAACAGCGGCCACAUGCAUAUCUCUAUCGUUUCCAAAGAAGGCAAGAAUCUGUUUGCGCGUGAGACGGUCGAUCCGUCCCCGCCGUACCCAGAAGUCGCCCAUUUAUCAGAUAUGGGAAGACAUUUCCUAGCCGGGCUUCUUGAAGGUCUACCAGAUAUAAUGCCUAUAUUAGCACCCACUAUCAACUCUUACAAGCGGUUAGUCGAGAACUUCUGGGCGCCCGUCACCGUAUCCUGGGGCCACGAGCAUCGCGCGGCAUCUAUCCGAUUGAUCGCUCCCCCCACCGCCAGCGCCAAAGCAACGCGCUUCGAAGUCCGCGUCCCCGGCGCGGAUACCAACCCACACUACGUCCUCGCGGCGAUCUUAGCUACUGGUUGGCGAGGAGUGGAGAAGAAACUCGCAAUCUCCUUGCCGCCACUAGGCAAAGGCGAAGCUACGGGCAGCUCUAACGAUAAGGGCGCUCGAUUGGCCAAGUCACUCAAGGAAGCAAAUGAGAUCUUCCGGAGGCCGGGCAGUGUUGCGCGGGAGGUGUUUGAGGACGAGUUUGUGGAUCAUUUCAGUGGGACGAGGGAUCAUGAGAUUAUGCUUUGGGAGGAGGCCGUUACGGACUGGGAAGUUAGGCGGUACAUCGAGACGGUGUAG